UGUGCUGAGUGAGCGCUGGCCGCCCAGCCUGGGCCCAGCGGCAGAAGGAGCUGCACAUGGAGAGAUGGCAGCUGAAGCCCCUGGUGAACAGGACCCUUCCCUAGGCUGUGGAGAGUCCCCCAGCACUAAGGACCCCCAAUCAGCCACCAAUACGCCAGGAGAGAUGGACAAGCCGCUGAUCAGCCGUCGCCUGGUGGACAGUGAUGCCAGCCUUGCCGAGGCUGCCAGUGGGGCCCCCAAAGUGGGCAUCCUGGGCACUGGGGACUUUGCCCGGUCCCUGGCCGCACGCCUGGUGCGCUCUGGUUUCAGCGUGGUGGUGGGAAGCCGCAACCCCAAACGCACGGCUGGGCUGUUCCCCGCGGCAGCACAAGUGGUGUUCCAGGUGGAGGCGGUGGACUCCUCUGAGGUCAUCUUUGUGGCCGUGUUCCGGGAACACUACUCCUCGCUGUGUGGGCUCAGUAGCCAGCUAGCCGGCAAGAUCUUGGUGGACGUGAGCAACCCCACAGAGCAGGAGCACCUUCAGCACCGCGAGUCCAAUGCUGAGUACCUGGCCGCCCUCUUCCCCACCUGCACAGUGGUCAAGGCCUUCAACGUCAUCUCUGCCUGGACCCUGCAGGCUGGCCCAAGGGAUGGGAACAGGCAGGUGCCCAUCUGUAGUGACCAGCCAGAAGCCAAGCGCAUCAUCUCAGAGCUGGCGCACGCCAUGGGCUUCAUGCCCGUGGACAUGGGGUCCCUGGCCGCGGCCCGGGAGGUGGAGGCCAGGCCUCUGCACCUCCUCCCAAGCUGGAAGGUGCCUGCCAUCCUGGCCCUGGGGCUCUUCAUCUUCUUCUACGCCUACAACUUCAUCCGGGAUGUGCUGCAGCCCUACGUGCAGGAGGGCAAGAGCAAGUUCUACAAGCUCCCCCUGUCCGUGGUCAACACGUCGCUGCCGUGCGUGGCCUACGUGCUGCUGUCGCUGGUCUACCUGCCUGGCAUCCUGGCGGCCGCCCUGCAGCUGUGGCGCGGCACCAAGUACCGCCGCUUCCCCGACUGGCUGGACCACUGGCUGCAGCACCGCAAGCAGAUCGGCCUGCUCAGCUUCUUCUGCGCCGCCCUGCACGCCCUCUACAGCGUCUGCCUGCCCGUGCGCAUCUCCUACCGCUAUGACCUCGUCAACCUCGCCAUCAAGCAGGUCUUGACCAACAAGAGUCACCUCUGGGUUGAAGAGAAUGUCUGGCGGAUGGAGAUCUACCUCUCCCUGGGAGUGCUGGCCCUCGGCACGUUGUCCCUGCUGGCUGUCACCUCCCUGCCGUCCAUCGCAAACUCGCUGAACUGGAGGGAGUUCAGCUUCGUUCAGUCCAAUCUGGGCUUCGUGGCCCUGGUGCUGAGCACCCUGCACACGCUCACCUACGGCUGGACCCGCGCCUUCGAGGAAAGCCGCUACAAGUUCUACCUGCCUCCCACCUUCACGCUCACCCUGCUGGUGCCCUGCGUCGUCAUCCUGGCCAAAGCCCUGCUCCUCCUGCCCUGCUUGAGCCGCCGACUCUCCCGGAUCCGGAGGGGCUGGGAGAAGGACAGCGCCGUCAAGUUCACGCUGCCCGGGGACCACGCCCUGGGCCAGAAGACGAGCCACUUGUGAGGACUUGCAGCCAGCUCUGACACCAGCCCCGGCAGGACAGCGCCUGCGCCUGUCAGGGCUGCUUUCUUGCUAUGGCGUAACUGUGCACAAACCGGUGUUUGAAGCUCAAAUUCCUGGGACGCAAAUGUAUUUAGUAAUAUUCAGAAUGACACACACGCGUGUGCGAUACAUAGGUUCAUAUAUAUGUCAUAUAUAUAACAGGAUUUGCAAUUAUACUCACUAGCUAAAACGUUCAGGCCCUGAGAGUUCAACCUGCAGAUCUAAAAGCAAGCGCCAGGUUGGAGAGCAGCGGCUCGCGCUGGCAUUGGCGGAGAUGCACACACUCAGCCCAGGAAAGCCAUGCGGGGCUGGUCCCUGGUGGACUCGGCCCAUUUGUGCCUCGCACCGCCCUUGGCUGCUUUCCCAAGGCGUUUGCAGAGCUGGGCUCUCAGGUGGCAGGGCAGACAGGGUCGGGGUGGGGGAUCCUGGUGUCUGUGCCCUGGGACCCAGUUGAGGCCCUUCCUUUGCCAGGUGGGGAAGGGGAAGGAGGGUGGUUGGGCUGAAUGGCUCCCCCUACUCUGCCCUGAGCUGGGAGAUUUCCCCUCACAGCCAGGAGUCACCACCGCUGCAGAUGGACCCUCCUGUGGGCGUGGGAAGGCACCUCCUCCCGGAGGCCUAAUGGGCCCAUCUUGAGAACAAGUGAAAUUUCUUUCCUCCUUAAAGCUGGUGAUGACCGGUCCUGGGACCGCUGUGCCUUCUCCCUUUAGAUCCUUAGCUUGAGUGUCUGCAGGAAGCCUGGGACAGGCCCCAACACACACACACACACACACACACCCUAAGCCAGGGUCUGCAGGGCUGUGUGUCUUCAUGGAAUUGGUCCUGUGGGAAACACAGUGUCUCUUCCAAUGCCCUCUGCUGCCCCCGGGCACAGAGCCUGCCUCUGAGUGAGCACCCAGAAAGUGCCAAGUUCCUCUUAAAGGAGGGGUACAUUUCAAAACAGCUGAGGCGUUUUUUCCACCAAAGCUACAAACUUGAAAUUUGCUGCCACAAAGCAUAAGAGGCUGGACCACAGCCAGGGCCACAGGACAUGUGCCCUUGAGUCAUAUGCCAUCCCUGCCUGAUUCACCCUGAAACUGUGUUUACUUCCCCUGUGAAUGGUCAGUUCUCCCCUGAGGCCCCACCCCCUCACCCCCCCUCCCCCGCCCCCAGCUCCUGGCAGAGCCAAGGUGUCUGUCAUUUCCACACAAAACCCUUGGACACAGAGAGCGGGAGCUCCUGACCCUGCCGGAGACCUCGGUGAGGCACUGCGCUGGGUCACGCCCACAUUUCUUAGGUCUCCUGGGCCAGGGGACUGCAGGCAGAGGGCGCCCUGCGGGGGGGGGGGGGGGGGGGGCAGUGAGGGGUAGGCUCCGUGAGCUCAUGUUUGCAGCUCAUCAGGGUCUGUUAGUGAAAAGGGGAAAAAAGCCAAGUGCAAGACAUCUCAUUAGGCCAGUGACUGGGGAGGAGGGAUGAGAGGGUGCAGGGAACAGAGCCAGCAAAGCUGUGGCUUCUUGCAGAUGUUGCCACCCGCUGCUCCUUGCCUCCUAACUGGGCCCUGGUGGAGCAGCCUCAGUGGCCCCCAGAGGUCUCUGCGAGUACCGGUCGGGCGAAGCCAUGGUUUCAGCACUUGCUGGGCAACAUGAGGGCCCAUGCUUCCUGCUGACAGUAGCAGGGAGAACAUGGGCCGCUGCAACCCACCAGGCUCGCCAGCCCCAGUGCAUAUUGGCUGCCUUCCUUCUCCGAGCCUCCCUGGGCCUGGGCACUGGUCCUUACACCAAAGAUGCCAACACAGCCAAGUCCAGUGCGCGCCCUCCCUUCCCGCCACCUCCCACUGCAGGCGCUCAGGAGGGAAAGGAUGCCCAGGUGGGUGGCGGGAGGAGCGGGUGGGAGGACCUCCUCACCCACCAACUGGAUAAGCAGCCCAUAAAAGGCCGGUGGCUGUGGGCCUGGGCUUGGCCUGGACCUUGUGUCUGCUGCUCUUCCCUACCUCACCCAGCAGCUGGCAACAGCACCCCCAAGAGAGCGAGCCGCUCUCAGAGCCUGGGCCAGUCCGUAUGCCUCUGGUGCACAAGUGCCUGAACCAGCGUGCUCUGGGAAUCCGAACUGCCACGUCGGAGGUUAUGUUUAAAAUGUAUGCAUUGGAAGAGUCGUUUUUACCUGUAGAGCUUGUCUAAGAAGCAGCGAAAAUAAAUAUCUACCCUUUGAA